UUGAUCUCCCUCUCUCAUUUUCUUUGCAGCUUGAAAGCUUUAGUUUCGACGGGAGGCAAAAACGUCCAGGCAGCCUGCGACUGGCUCUUCUCCCACUUGGAUGACCCUUUCUUGGACGACCCCCUGCCCAGAGAGUAUGUGCUAUACCUCCGUCCCAGCGGGCCGCUGCUCCAGCAGCUCACACACUUCUGGAAGCAGUCCCGCCUUUCCUGUGGCAAGAACAAGGCACACAACAUCUUCCCCCACAUCACGCUCUGCCAGUUCUUCAUGGCAAGUUUCACCCCUUGA